CACCAGCAGACCCUCUUCAACAAGCAUAAUCUCGCGGUCCUCGUGAAGCAGACCGGGCGCAGAGAGGAGGCCGAGGUCCUCACCGCCCAGGAGGGGGCGCUCGGGGCCCAGCACCAGGAGACCCUCUGCACCAAGCAUAAUCUCGCGAACCUCCUGGAGCAGACCGGGCGCAGAGAGGGGGCCGAGGACCUCUACCGCGAGACCCUCUUCACCAAGCAUAAUCUCGCGGUCCGCGUGAAGGAGACCGGGCGCAGAGAGGAGGCCGAGGUCCUCACCGUUCAGGAGUGGCCGUUCGGGGCCCAGCACCAGGAGACCCUCUGCACCAAGCAUAAUCUCGCGAAUCUCCUGGAGCAGACCGGGCGCAGAGAGGGGGCCGAGGCCCUCCAUCGUAAGGUUUUCACCGUCCAGUGGGUGCCGCUUGGGGCCCAGCACCAGCAGACCCUCUUCACCAAGCAUACUCUCGCGGUCCUCGUGAAGCAGACCAGGCGCAGGCAGGAGGCCGAGGCCCUCACCGCCAAGGAGGGGGCGCUCGGGGCCCAGCACCAGGAGACCCUCUGCACCAAGCAUAAUCUCGCGAACCUCCUGGAGCAGACCGGGCGCAGAGAGGGGGCCGAG